AUGGCGAGAAAACAUAACCACCCAUCCCUCCGUCUGGCCAGCACAAUCCACCGCGGGCACAACCUCAACAAUGCCUUGCUCCGGAUAUUGGUUGAAGAGCUCGAGCCACCGACGCUCUUUACAGUCAAGCGGCCGGCUUGGGCCCUUGGCAACGGGCUGCCGAUGAGAAAUGCCUGUCAAAGAGGCCUGCAAAGAGGCCUGCAAAGACGCCUUUCAAAAACGCCUGGCAAAGAUAUCUGCAAAGAGGCCUGGCAAAGAGGCCUGGCAAAGACGCCUGUCAAAAACGCCUGGCAAAGAUAUCUGCAAAGAGGCCUGAAAAAGACGCCUGGAAAAGGGGCCUGCCUAAGACAACUGCAAAGAGGCCUGGCAGAGAUGCCUGGCAAAGACGCCUGGCAAAGAUAUCUGCAAAGAGGCCUGGAAAAGACGCCUGGAAAAGAGGCCUGCCUAAGACAACUGCAAAGAGGCCUGCCUAAGACAACUGCAAAGAGGCCUGGCAAAGACGCCUGGCAAAGACGCCUGGCAAAGACGCCUGGCAAAGACAUCUGCAAAGAGGCUUGGCAAAGAGGCCUGCCUAAGACAACUGCAAAGAGGCCUGGCAAAGACGCCUGGAAAAGACGCCUGGAAAAGAGGCCUGCCUAA